AUGGAGGAGGACGACAGCUCUGCUGGAUGGACUCUGAGGAGGAACACAAGCAAACAGCAGAGGAGUCAGUGUGGAGCUGGGUGGGGAAGAUGGUCUGGUUCUCCUUGUAUCAUCAGCUACGCUUACCCAUCAGACAGUGGAGUUUACUGGUGUGAGUCCAGAGAGGAUGCCAUCAGUAACAUGGUUAAUCUCACAGUCUCUGGUGGAUCAGUGAUCCUGCAGAGUCCUGUCCUCCCUGUGAUGGAGGGAGAUGACGUCACUCUGCUCUGUCAAACAAAGACCACUCCCUCCAACCUCCCAGCUGCUUUCUAUAAAGAUGGCUCCCUCAUCAGGAAGCAGCCUACAGGUCACAUGACCAUCCAGCAUGUUUCCAGGUCUGAUGAAGGCCUCUACAAGUGUGACAUCAGCGGUCAUGGAGAGUCUCCAUCCACCUCCACCCACCACCACAUGUCCUACCACCACACCUCCACCUACAACCACAGCGCCACCCACCACCUCCACACGUCCUACCACCACAGGUCCACCUACCACCACAGCUCCACCCACUACAACCACACCUACACCUACAUCCACAUCUCCUCCCGGUUCCAUCUCCGAAGCCUGAAGCAGGUCAAGAAGAAGCUGGAGAGGAUGACAUCAUCACUUACGUCGUAUACAUCCAAACAUCAGAUCAUCAACAACAGCCAAUCAGACGAUGCAGAGGUAGUCCUGUGUUUCCUUCAUGGUUUUGAGGUUGAUGUUUGA